ACAACCUGGGGUUUUAGCUCCCAGCAGAAGAAACGAAGAAAAGGGGGUUUGCGAAAAUGGGGAGAAGAAUAUUGAACGAUGCCUUGAGAACAAUCGUCAAUGCCGAAAAGAGAGGCUUCGCUUCUGCGGAGCUCAAGCCUGUCUCCAAUGUUAUGGCUUCCUUUCUUCAAAUUAUGAAAUACCGAGGGUAUAUUAAGGAUUUCGAAGUUCAUGAUCCACAAAGAGUGGGGAGGAUAACUGUGGAGCUUCUGGGGAGGAUUAAUGAUUGUCGGGCUAUCACUUAUAGACAGGAUAUCAAGGCUCAUAACAUCAAGAAUUACAAAACAGACACUCUUCCUACUCAUCAGUGGGGCUAUGUCGUAAUUACAACACCAAAUGGAGUUUUGGAUCAUGAAGAGGCAAUUCGACAAAAUGUAGGUGGUCAAGUUCUGGGAUAUUUCUAUUGAAUUUAUGGUCAUGGUGUAAGGGGAACUCAAACCAACGAUUUCCAAUUAUCCCUUUAAUUUUGUACAUUUAUCAUUGAAGAACUUAAAGCUUUCCUUGAAAAAGCAUUUUGUGUGGAAACUAGUCCAUGGCCAUAUUUUUUGUUUUCAUCAGUUGGAAUAGAAGUUGAAGAUGAAUAUUAAAUUCUUGGGAGUCUUGUUCUUGUCCAAUUUAACAGUUGAACUCUACGAGUUUGUAGUUAGUACGA